ACUUUAGAAAAAAUAAAAUUACAAAUUUAAAUGGUAUUCUACAAUUUACAAUGCUUUAGACAUUUUUACUUUUGUACAACAUGAGCACUUGAAAUUGGAUUAUGCCAUUACUGUUUUCUCUCUAAAAUUAAAAAGGAAAUUAAAAUGAAAUGAAAGAAGAUAAAAGAAAAGAGAAGGAAGACUCCCAUCAGCUAAUUGCCGCUGUUGUUCUGCUCUUCGUGCUCCGGCAAGGUGUUCGGCGUCUUCGUGCUCCGGCUACGUGUUCGGCGUCUUUCUCCGGCUAGUUCUUCGGCGUCUUCGUAAUCCGGCGAGGUCUUCCGGUGAGAAAUUUAUCCUCUCCGUCUUUCAAUUUUAAAUUCCCUCUUCUUUCUACUCCUUUUCUCUCUAAUUUCAUAUUUUCUCUAUGUCACGCUCAUUCAGUAACUCUUUUCCAGCAUUUUUUUUUUCAUGAAAUUGGAACGAUGAUGUUGUUUAAUCGAGUAUGUAGUCGAUUAAUGUUUCAAUUUUUAUGUUAAUUUUUUCGAAUUUAAUUGUUUUUUUGUGAGUUGCUGGAAAUGUUAAUUGGAAAAUUGAACUGAUUGAUUACAAAUUGAUAAUCCAAAAAUUGGCAGGCUAAUUGAUUUGUGAUUAUUUGGGAAAUGAAGGUUGAUGUAAAUUACUGACUAAUCGUCUAGAACUGUCACUGCUGCACUACUGCACUACUGCUUAGCUGCAGUAAUUGAACAAUUGAAAACACGAAGCAAUAAUUGAACUAUCCAUGGCCCAUUUGAAUAAUUGAACUUGCUAAUGUGAAAGUUUGACCUGGUCUUUGUAUUGAUGGUCACCAGAACUUGCUAUCUCUCUCCCGUUGUAUUUUUCUGCAUUAUCACUCUCUCACUUUCUCUCUCUACACCAUUUUCACCUCAACUUUCACACAAAAUGGAAAUUGCUGGAAUGGUCUUGUGUGCUGCUCAAACAUUGUUUGCAGCUCUGCAGUGUUCUGAGGUUAAACAGGUCUGCUCAAUCCUUGGAUGCAAAUCCCAACUUAAUGAUCUCAGUGGCACCGUCGUCAGAAUUAAAGCUGCACUCGAAGAUGCUGAGGCCAAGCAAGAGCUAUCCAAGCAAGACCGGUUGUUUAUCGAGGAACUCAAAGAUGCAGUUUAUGAUGCUGAUGAUCUCUUCGAUGAGUUUGUCACUCUUGCUGAACGAAAAAAGCUCAGUAAGGGUAUCAAGGUUCGUGUCCUUGCUUUAUUCGGCAAGUAUGGGACGGCUUAUAAGAUGGCUCAAGGGGUUAAGAUGAUCAAGAAAAAGUUGGAUGCUAUUGCCUCUGAUACUCGGUUCAACUUCAACAUUGAUCCUAAGCCUAUCAGGAAUAGAAGGCUUGAAUCAUGUUCUUAUGUGUAUGAAACUGAUAUCAUUGGAAGAGAGCCUGAUUUGGAGAAGAUCGUUGGUGUGCUGCUAGAUCCUAUUGUUCAGCAAAAUGUGUCUUUCCUCCCUAUUGUAGGGAUGGGUGGGUUAGGCAAAACUGCUCUUGCCCAACUCGUGUUUAACAAUGCUAGGGUCAAACAUGCAUUUCCGUUGAUGUUGUGGACUUGUGUCGCUGAUGAAAAUCAGGAUUCUCUUGAUGUAAAAGGGGUUCUUGGUAAGAUUCUAGCUUCGGCUAAUAAGGGUUGUAUGAAGAAUGAGGGCUAUACCAUGGAUGGGUUGCAAAGCCAACUCCGAGAACAACUUGCUGGUAAAAAAUACUUGCUUGUUUUGGAUGAUGUGUGGACUGAAAAUUCUGAACAAUGGCGUAUAUUGACAAAAUUUUUGAUGGGAGGUCAAAGGGGAAGUUGGAUUGUGGUAACUACACGUUCAAAGAAGACAGCAGGAAUCGUAGGAGACGGUCCAAGGCACGAGCUGCAAGGUUUGUCCAAGGAUAAUUCAUGGUGUUUAUUUAAAAGGGUAGCAUUUGGAUCCCAACACGCAAACCCUCCUGAAGACUUGGUUGAACUUGGUCAAUAUAUUGUUGCGAGAUGUGCUGAUGUCCCUCUUGCAAUUAGAGUGGUGGGAAGUCUUCUUUAUGAACAAGAAAAACAUAAGUGGCUUUCAGUUCAGAAGUUGGGAUUAGCAAAAGUUAAAGGAAGCCAAGAUGGCAUCAUUCCUAUAUUGAAGCUUAGUUAUUAUCAGCUUGACUCCCCACUAAAGUGUUGUUUUGUGUAUUGUGCGAUCUUCCCUAAAGACUUUCGCAUUUGGAAGAUGAAAUUGAUUCAACUCUGGAUAGCACAAGGCUACAUUCAGCUAGACGGUUGUCAUUUAAAUAUGGAAGAUGCCGCUGAGGAAUUUUUUUCAAUCCUGUUGCAGAGGUGUUUUUUCCAAGACGUGGUGAACGAUGAAUAUGGUGAUAUUGUAUCAUUUAAGAUACAUGAUUUGAUUCACGAUCUUGCUCAAGAAGUGGCAGGAAAAGAGAUUUGCAGAGUGAAUACCGUAAAUGGAGAUGUGGAUAAAAAAAAUCGCCAUCUAUCUGUUUUUAACACUGGGUCUUCAAGUUUAUCUUUUACUAAGACCCACAUACGUUCAUUUCUUUCUUUUGAUUACAAGAUGGACGUGUCUUGUGUUGGUGCGUUACUGGCUAAUUGGAAGUAUCUGAGGGCUUUGAACUUAAAAUCUUUUCAAAUAAAGAGUUUGCCGGGCUCAAUAGGUGAAUUGAUACAUUUAAGAUAUCUAGACCUCUCGUACAACGAGGAACUAGAAGUUCUCCCUGGACCAAUUACCAAACUGCAUAAUCUUCAGACUUUAAAUUUAUACUGGUGUUCAAAAUUGAAAGAGUUGCCGAAAGAUUUGAGCAAACUAGUUAAACUGAGGGUCUUGGAUUUAAGGAAGUGUUGUACGCUGAGUUGUAUGCCAAGGGGCAUGGGUAAGUUGACUUGCCUUCACACGCUUAAUAUGUUUGUGGUGGGAGAUACAAGAUCGAACAAGGAGUUGUUUUCUGGGCUAGAAGACCUGAAAGCUCUUAGGAACUUGAGUGGUUAUCUUGAAAUCAACAUACCCUUCAUGAACACGGGUGCAAAUGCUGGCAAGAAAAAUGGUGGUAGAGAGGGAGACUGCUUGGGGAACAAGAUACAUCUGAAAGAUAUUCACCUUAAGUUCAGCGGUAAGGGAAGAGCGGAGUAUGAUGAAGCGGUAAUGGGAGAGUUGCAGCCACACCCUAAUCUCGAGAGGUUUCGGGUGUAUUGUUAUCGGGGUGUGAGAAUGUCAGGCUGGCCAAUGGAAGAUAACCUGGCAACCUUUCUCCCUAAUCUUGUUCAUAUGGUAUUUUGGUGUUGUCCACUUUUGCAGUAUUCAGGACAGUUACGGCUUCCUCUGUUAAAAACAUUAUCGGUGAGGGAUUGCCCAAACCUAAUAGCUAUUAUGCAGUGUCCUGCAUUGGAAGACCUAACUUUACUUGAUUUCAAUAAAAGAUUGGAAGUAAUUCCAACGAGAAGGAUAAGGAGUAAAGAAUUUGAGGAGGCAACUCCUAGUGGUAUUCGCGCAUCCUCUUCUUCAUAUUCUUAUGAUGUUGGUCUAAAGGUUAGAAUAGACAACAUGGGAUGGCUUAAUUCUCUGCCGAUGAACUCUUUUCUGGGUCUUGCGACGCUGGUCAUAAGUAGGGACAGGGAGGUGGAGAGUAUGGGAGGAGCUAGGGAGGUCUUCCGUAGCUGCUCGUCUUCCCUGAUAUCCUUAAAAUUUGAAGGCUGCUCCAAAUUGAAGAGUGUUGUGUUUGGAGGAUUAGAGCAUCUCACUGCGUUAGAGAAGUUGAAAAUUACAAAAUGUUCCAACCUGAGUCUAUUAGAAGAAGUAGAGAGAGAGGAUGGCAUGCCAUGGAAACCCUUUCAUCACCCUCUCCGCUCCUUGUACUUGGUCUCCCUCCCUCAGCUAGUACAACUUCCCAAUUGGAUACAAUACUUGACUUCCCUCGAAACCCUUCAGAUUUGGGAUUGCAAAGGACUAGAAUCCGUGCCGAAUUGGAUGUCCAAACUCACCUCCCUCAAGGUACUUCAACUCGGGUGCUGCUCAGAACGUCUUAUUGAAAGAUGCCAACAAUCCAUUGGUGAGAACUGGCCCCACAUUCAACACAUACCUGAAAUUGAAAUCUACAACCAUUAAUCAGGUAGAUCAACAUUGGUGUGUAACGGUAUUCGAAAAGCUAUCAAGUCAGAUGCAGGAUCACCACUUGACCCAACAUUUGCCACAGAAUAGAGAUAUGAACGAGAAAGAAGAUGUUUAUAGCUUCGGAAUACUUGUAUUGGAGAUUUUUUCAUGAAGGAAGCCCGUCAAUUAUGAUAAAGCUCAAGGAGAGGUGAGAUCAAGUGGCUAAAACUCAAGAAAUUUCCUAGUCUAAUUAUUACUAGCAUUGUUAAACUAUGUUCUAUUCAACUUAAUGUGUUUUAGGAACUAUUGAUAUGUUUUAGUAUUAGCAACAUUCUAGUAAGAUCCACAUCUCUUAGAUUGUUGAUCUUGUUGUUCACAAAUCAGUGAUAUGCAACCAUUUGUUUGAGAUA